AGCCCUAAAUUUACAGAUAUCGAUAAAUUAAAUAAUCUUUGAAUCUGCGGAAACAAUUUAAAUCAUUUAUAAUAAUAAAAAUUGAAAAUGGAUGUUGAGCUACCUUUCAUGGCCGAAUAUGCUAGGACUGGCCGAGCAUCUUGUAAAGGAUGCAAAUCCAAUAUUGCUAAAGACAAUCUUCGAAUUGCUGUAAUGGUUCAAUCUGCAUUUCAUGAUUCCAAAAUACCUAACUGGUUCCACAAAAGCUGUUUUUUCCAAAAACAACGACCAACUUCUGUAGGUGACAUUCAAAAUUACGAAAAUUUAAGAUUCGUUGACCAAAAGGACUUAGCAGAUAGUAUUGGCAACUUAGAACAAAUCUGUGAAACUAAUUCAAAAAAAAAACGUAAGGGUGAUAGUGGGCCACUUAAAGACUUCGGAAUGGAGUAUGCGAAGUCAGGUCGGGCAUCCUGUCGUGGAUGUGAACAAAAAAUUAGUAAGGAUACCAUCCGAAUACGUAAAACGGUCUAUGAUACUGAAGUGGGAAUGAAAUAUGGUGGCCAACCGCUAUGGCACCAUUUAGAAUGCUUUGCUCAACUUAGGACUGAACUAGGCUGGCUUGCUUGUGGAGACAAUAUGACCGGCUUUUCAAACCUAAAGAGUGAGGAUCAACAUGAUGUUAAAAGGGUACUUCCGAAAAUAAAAUCUGAGGAAUUACCGCCUACUAAAAAAAUAAAAAUGGAAACAACAGAAGAUAACAAAGACCAAAAAAUCAUAAAACAACUUGAAAACGAAAACGUUACAUUAUUUAUGUAUCGUGAUAAACUAAAAAGUGAAGUAAAAAGAAUAGAUAUUGAGAGCCUAUUAAUCACAAACAAUCAGGAACCUAUAACCGGUAAUACUGAAAAACUUUUAGAUCAAGCUGCUGAUCUGUUGACUUUUGGAUCAAUUGAACCAUGCCCUGAAUGUGGAGGAUCUCAAUUUAUUUUUAACAAAUUUGGCUAUUUAUGCAAUGGAAACACUACAGAGUGGACUAAAUGUGCGCAUUUGUUGAAGAAACCCACUCGGAUGGCGUGUAAAAUACCAGAUGUUCUGAAAAAUAUGUAUUCGUUUUUAGAUUCUGUACAAGAAACACCAAAAAAUCGAACUAUUCAAUAUAUUCCCCCCAGUGAAUCUACUAUUUCGAGGAAUUUAACUGUAAAAACAGCCAACGAAACAUUAGAUGGCCCCAAAGUCAUUCGAAAAAAGCCUACAUUGUACAACUUAACAUUUUCGCACGUAGGAAUGAAACAUAAGGAGAAUGAUUUAAAAACCCGUAUUCAAAAAUUGGGUGGAAAAUUUGAAACUAAAAUAUCGGAAAGUACUAUAGCAAUUAUAUCCACUGAAAAUGAAGUGAAACGAAACUCCCAAAGAAUGUUGACGGCUCAAAAGUUUGGCAUUCAUGUUGUUCCUAUAGAAUAUUUAGAUGUAGUUGAAUCCGAUGCUGACGGAGCUAUAAAUUAUAUUAACAGUUUGAGUCUCUGCAAUUGGGGGUCAGAUCUAUCAAAAAAGGUCCCUCAAGAUGAAGUUAAGAGCUUAAGGUCAAAUAGUAUUUACACUAAAUCCGCACCAAAAUCGAAGACUUUAAAGAUUAAAAAUGGUAUGGCCGUUGAUCCUGAAAGUGGACUGGAAGACAUUGCCCAUGUAUAUGCAAGGGGAAAAGACAACUACAACGCAGUGCUUGGAUUGACUGAUAUUCAACGAAACAAAAAUUCAUACUAUAAGUUACAGCUUUUGGAAGCUGAUAAAAAAUCAAAGUACUGGAUUUUUCGCUCCUGGGGCAGAAUCGGCACAACCAUAGGAAAUUCAAAGCUUGAGGAGUUCGGUUCUAUUGCAGAGGCUAUAAAUACAUUUAAAAAAGUGUAUGUUGAUAAAACCGGAAAUGAUUUUGAAAAAAGAAAUCAAUUUGUGAAAAUGGCUGGUCGAAUGUAUCCAAUAGAUGUUCAAUAUGAAGAACACUCAUCUAUUUCAAAUCACUCAGAUUAUUCUUUAAAGUCUAAUUUAGAGCCAUCUGUGCAAAAUCUAAUUAAGUUAAUAUUUGAUGUGGACUCAAUGAAAAGCGCCUUGUUGGAGUUUCAUAUUGACUUGGAAAAAAUGCCAUUAGGUAAGCUUAGUUUACAGCAGGUUCAAUCUGCUUACACUGUCGCCGCAAAUAUUUUUGAUUUGAUAAAAUCAGGAUCCACAACCGCAAAACUAGUUGAUGCUUCAAAUAGAUUUUAUACAUUGAUUCCUCAUAAUUUUGGAGUGAAAUCGCCGCCAAUAAUUGAAACGAUAGAGCAGGUUGAAAGUUUGGUUCAUAUGCUUGAUUCUCUAGCGGAAAUAGAGGUUGCAUAUAGUUUUAUAAAGACCGAAGACUUAUCUGAUAAUAAACACCCUUUGGAUAAACAUUAUUCCCAAUUGAAGACUAAUCUAGAACCUCUAGACAAAAACAGUGAGGAAUUUUCUAUUCUCAAAGAUUAUGUAAAAAACACUCAUGCUUCCACACAUGCCUCCUACGUACUCGAAGUGGUGGACGUUUUUAAAGUGGCUCGUCAAGGAGAAGCUAGACGAUAUAAGCCUUUUAAAAAACUUCAUAACCGUAAACUACUAUGGCAUGGUUCUCGUUUAACAAACUUCGCCGGUAUUUUGUCACAUGGUUUAAAAAUUGCUCCACCAGAAGCACCGCCAACUGGCUAUAUGUUCGGGAAAGGGAUUUAUUUUGCUGAUAUGGUUUCUAAAUCGGCCAAUUAUUGUUGCACGAGUCAAAAAAAUUGUACAGGACUAAUGCUUCUCUCUGAAGUGGCUUUAGGUGAUAUGAUGGAACUAACUUCAGCCAAAUAUAUUACCAAACUACCAAAAAAUAAACACAGUUGCUUCGGACGCGGACGAACCAUGCCGAAUCCGAAGGAGAGUUUUAUAAGAAAAGAUGGCGUCGAAAUACCAAUUGGAAAAGCAGUUACCAAUGAAAAUUUAAAAUCGUCUUUAUUAUAUAAUGAAUACAUAGUAUACGAUAUUGCUCAAGUUAAUGUUCAGUAUUUAUUUCGAAUGGAGUUUAAGUAUAAAUAUUAAUGAAAAUGUAUAUUGUUUAAUGUAAUACACAUAAUUAUUUGUAAAAUUAAAAUUUUUAAAGGAAAGAUA